AUGAUGGAUAUUCCAGGAAUCUCUUUUUCUGGUCUAGCUGCCUCCUUCUGCUUUAUAGUGCUGAAUCUGAAACGCUCAGAUGAUUUUACAGUGAUUGGUUCUGUCUAUCCUAUGCUGGUCAAUGUCGGGGAAGAUGCCCUAUUAUCCUGUCAGCUGCUCCCCAAGAGAAGUGCAACGCACAUGAAGGUGCAGUGGUAUCGCUCAGAGCCCAGCACACCUGUGCUUUCGUAUUGGGAUGGGGAUGAGGUGACCGAGAUGCAGAUGGAGGAGUACAAAGGCCGGGUAGAGUGGAUAAAAGAUGACAUCGCCCAGGGAAAUAUGACUUUGAAGAUUCACAACAUCCAACCAUCUGACAAUGGGCAGUACUGGUGCCAUUUCCAAGAGGGAUCUUAUUUUGUAGAAGCAAGCUUGCAGCUUGUAGUAGCAGGUCUAGGAUCUGCCCCUGACAUCCACAUGGAGGGAACUGUGGAAAGUGGAGGCCAACUUGUGUGCACUGCAGAAGGCUGGUUCCCAGAACCCCAGGUGUACUGGAAAAAUGCCAGAGGAGAGAACAUGUUGACUGCUUCUGAGCACUACAUCCAAAAUGGAGAUGGCCUAUUCUAUGUGGAAUCCACCCUUGUGGUCAGGGACACCUCUCUAGAGACUGUGUCCUGUGUCAUCCAAAGCCCCAUCCUACAUGAGGAAAAGGAGUCCACCAUCUUCAUCUCAGAGAAACUCCAGACUGAGUUGGCUUCCUUACGAGUGAUUGGACCUUCCCAGCCCCUCACUGUCAGAGUGGGAGAAGACAUACAAUUAACCUGUUACCUAUCCCCCAAGGCUAAUGCUCAGAACAUGGAGGUGAGGUGGAUCCGAGAACAUCGUUAUCCAGCUGUUAGUGUGUUUAUGAAUGGGGACCAAGUGGCUGGAGAGCAAAUGGAAGAAUAUAUAGGGAGGACAGUGUUGGUGAGUGAUGCCAUUGAUGAGGGUCGACUGACUCUGCAAAUCCACAACGCCGGGACUUCAGAUAAUGGACAAUACCGGUGCCUUUUUGAAAAAGAUGGUGUCUAUCAGGAGGCCACUUUGGAUUUGAAGGUAGCUGGUGUGGGUUCGUCUCUGUUGAUCACCAUGAUGAAGUGGAAGGAUGGAGAAAUGCAACUGAUGUGCUUUUCAGAUGGGUGGUUCCCUCAGCCCCACGUGCAGUGGAGGGACAUUGAAGGAAAGACAAUACCCUUAUUUUCUGAAGUCCUGACCCAUGACAGCUAUGGGCUGUUCCAUGUGGAGACAUCUCUAUUAGUUAGAAAUAGUUCCAUUGUGAAUGUGACCUGCUCCAUCAGCAACUCCCUUCAAGUCCAAGAGAAAACAUCAGCCUUUUCUCUCUCAGCUUGGUAA